GCCAUCAUCUGUAGAGGGCAGUGGGGAUACGUUGAGUUUACUGGUUCCUUGAGCAGCACAUCGACAAAAUCGCAACAUGAAUGAGACGGCAGUAUCCUUCGCCAAGGACUUCUUGGCCGGUGGCAUCUCCGCCGCCAUCUCCAAGACAGCUGUCGCCCCCAUCGAGAGAGUGAAGCUGCUCCUUCAGGUCCAACAUGCCAGUAAGCAGAUCACCGCAGAUAUGCAGUACAAGGGCAUUAUCGACUGCGUAGUCCGUAUCCCCAAGGAGCAGGGAUUCCUUUCUUUCUGGAGAGGUAACCUUGCCAAUGUCAUCAGGUACUUCCCCACCCAGGCCCUCAACUUCGCCCUCAAGGACAAGUACAAGGAGAUCUUCCUUGAUGGCGUCGACAAGCGCGCCCAGUUCUGGCGGUACUUCGCUGGUAACCUGGCCUCCGGCGGUGCUGCUGGAGCCACCUCCCUGUGCUUCGUGUACCCCCUCGACUUCGCCCGUACCCGUCUCGCCGCCGAUGUUGGAAAGCCCGGAGCUGGGAGAGAGUUCAACGGUAUGGGUGACUGCCUGACCAAGAUCUUCAAGUCUGAUGGUCUCAGUGGCCUGUACCAGGGCUUCAAUGUGUCUGUGCAGGGAAUCAUCAUCUACAGAGCUGCAUACUUCGGCAUCUACGACACCGCUAAGGGUAUGCUCCCAGAUUCCCAGAAGCAGAGCAUUUUGGUGAGCUGGAUGAUUGCUCAGUCCGUGACAGCCGUCGCUGGUCUGACCUCAUACCCCUUUGACACAGUCCGUAGACGUAUGAUGAUGCAGUCUGGACGUAAAGGAGCUGACAUCAUGUACAGCGGAACAAUUGACUGCUGGCGCAAGAUCGCACGCGACGAGGGUGGCAAAGCUUUCUUCAAGGGAGCCCUGUCCAACGUGCUCAGAGGCAUGGGCGGCGCCUUUGUGCUGGUUCUGUACGACGAGCUGAAGAAAGUCAUGUAAAUUCUUCAUGUCACAUCCACUGUUCAAUUCGGCUAAAUGUAAUAACUUACCAUUUCUAUGGACUCAGCGUUCUGCCUUAUUUAUGGGAACAAACUAUAGUGUCUCACCACUAGAUGUGGGCGAUGGCUGUAUG